CUGAUUUCGCCCCAAAUCCGCGUUUGUUUAUUAAAAGGGGGUGUGUCGCGCUGAGUGACGUCACUUCGCCGCGCCGGAAGUGCCUCUCAGGCGGGCGGAAGUGGUUGCGGCAGUUCCAGCCAUGGCGGCGGCGGCGGCUCCCGGAGCGGCGGGGCCGGGAAUGGCGGCGGGAGCCGGGCCCGGCGCCUCCGUGGUGGCGGCGGGGCCCGGUGCGGUGGCGGGAGGCGGCGGGGCCGCGGUGAAGAGCGGCGAGGAGCGGCUGAAGGAGAUGGAGGCGGAGAUGGCGCUGUUCGAGCAGGAGGUGCUGGGCGCUCCAGGCCCCGCCCCCGGGGAUCCCCUGGCCCCGCCCCCCGUGCUGCGCCCGAUCAUCGCCACCAACACCUACCAGCAGGUCCAGCAGUCCCUCGAGGCUCGCGCUGCCGCCGCUGCCACCGUCCCCCCCUUGGGGACACCCCCGGUGCCCUUCGUGGGGCCAGGUCAGUGCCACCGCUGUCCCCAAUGUCCCCAGUGUCCCCAGUGGCCUCUACUGUCCCCUGCUGUCCGCAAUGCCCCCUGCUGUCCCUGCUGUCCCCAACCCUGGUGUCCCCACG